AUGGAUUCAGUGCUGCUCAAGAUGGAGCAGCUUGUGUCCUGGCUACAGUCUGGUUGCCAUGCGUGGCAAGAGCAGCGCCGGCGCCCGCCCCAGACGGCCCAGCAGCAGCAGGUGAAGCAGCCCUGUCAGCCACCCCCUGUCAAAUGUCAGGAGACAUGUGCACCCCAAACCAAGAACCCGUGUGCUCCCAAGGCCAAGAAGCAAUGCCCACCCAAGGGCGCAGCCAUCCCAGCCCAGCCGAAGUGUCCCUCAGCCCAGCAGGCCCCCAAGAGUAAACAGAAGUAA